UUCGGAUAAUGUUGGCAGCGCCGGGUAACCUCGUUUCCGCGUGUCUAGCGCCUAUUGUGACAGCUGUCAUAGAGAAAGAGUUAUGCUGGUGAGCUGUGUUCGUGCCAGUCGCGUGUAAACAACCCUUUUGCUGCGACCGUUUUGCAAAGCGGCCUCGACUUUUCGUGCGCCUCGUCCGAAUCGACUCGCGACCGAAUCGUUUUAAUUCUCGACAUCUCGAGCGACAACACACACGGUGAAGGAUGACAAUGGGCGAUGAGACCCCGGUUACAUCACUGGUUCUUCCCGUCAUAUUAAGGCCAAUAUUAACCAAGUUGGAAAGGCAAAAUGUGAUGGCAGCACAGACUCUACGAGCGGCUCUCUCAAAAGCGGAGAGUUCGCAUCCUGGAAUUACUUAUGACUUGAUCAUGGGUAUAAUACGUAGAGCAGAGUUGAAUCUUGACAUGAACGAAAGUGUCUUACGGUUGCAGGGCGCUGCUUCUGAUUAUGAUGUUGUGGAGUACCGUUCAGCACGUUCAGAAGAUGCAUUUCAAGAAUUGAAUCGUAAAUCAACCUCCUUGAAAAGAAUACUUAGCAGGAUUCCUGAUGAGAUAACAGACAGAAAGACCUUUUUAGAAACAAUCAAAGAAAUUGCCAGUGCAAUAAAGAAACUCUUAGAUGCUGUAAAUGAGGUUACCGCAUUUAUACCUGGUUCAGCUGGUAAACAAGCUUUAGAUCAACGUAAGAGAGAAUUCGUGAAAUAUAGUAAAAGAUUCAGCAAUACAUUAAAGGAAUACUUCAAAGAAGGACAAGCAAACGCAGUAUUUGUGAGCGCACUGUACCUGAUACACCAAACAAAUAUGAUUAUGCUCACAGUAAAGGACAAAUGUGAGUAAAGAAUUUUCAAUGAAUUUCCAGCGUUGUAUGUAAUAAUAUCACGAGAGUCAGAUAAACCAUAAAUAUUGUACAACAUCCUAAUCUCACAUAUAUUCUAUUAUACAAGCAAUGAUAAAACCUAUGAAUAUUCGAUAUAAAGGAUUUAACAUCAUUACGUUCUCGUUAACCGACUAUGCACUAUAGUUUUUGUUAUAUAUAUAUAGAUAUAUAUAAAAUAAAGAUGUUGGGGUAUAUUAUUCCAAA